UCAUAUGUAUAUUGUUAGAAAUGGUUGUCAAGCGAGCAACGUAAACAUUAAUAAUUUUAAUCUAUUAGUUAUUUAACGAUUAAUCAUGAGCAGCCGUAACCCUUACACUUUAAUGAGUGUCCCGGAUGAACAGUUCGAUUAUUUAUUUAAAAUUGUUCUUAUUGGGGAUUGCGGAACAGGAAAGACAUGCAUUGUGCAACGCUUGAAAUCCGGAAAUUUCAUCGAAAGACACGGCAAUACAAUAGGUGUAGACUUUUCAAUGAAAACUUUGAUUGUAGACGGGAAGAGGGUCAAGCUCCAGAUAUGGGAUACAGCGGGGCAGGAACGCUUUAGAACGAUCACGCAAAGCUACUAUCGCUCUGCCAAUGGUGUAAUUAUAGUUUACGAUAUAACAAAACGAUCAACCUUUCUGUCCAUACAAAAAUGGAUAGAAGAAGUACGGAGGUAUACAUCAUCUAAUGUUAUCGUAUCAUUGAUUGGUAAUAAAUGUGAUCUAACAGAACAAAGAGAGGUGGAACCCGAUGAGCCCAAGUCUUUCUGCCGUUAUGUCCCUGAAAUAAUGUUUGUUAUGGAAACAUCAGCUAAAGAUAACACAAAUGUUGAGGACACAUUCAGAAAUAUAGCGACAGAGCUGAAGAGGCAACAUGAUAAUAGUGAAGGACCUCCGGCGGAGUCAGAAUCAGUUGUACUCGGUGAGAGUCAUCCUGUAAGUAGAUGUCAACCAUGUAAAUCUUCUUAGGACGACAUAGCACCAUAGACAAUUUUCGCCAUUUUCUUUAAAACAGUCUUAAUGAUCAAAUGUUUUAAUUAUUCUGCCAUGGCUAUGCUUUUGUAAAUAAUAACACAAAUUCACCAUAUAAUUUGUACCAUUGAUGGUGCUAUAUACACUAUUAAUAUAUACAUACAUGUAUAUUUUUUUUAUGAUUUGUAAUAUGUUUGUUACAAAUAUUGUAAAUUAUUUUUUUUAGUAAUUUUAAUUUCUUAGAAUUAGAGGCAAAGAGUAAUUGUAUUGUUUUGUUUCAUAUUAUUCAGGGCAAAAUACUUGGAAAAUUUAAAUUUAACAAGAAACCCGAUUCUUUAACUUAUAAAUUUGAUUACGUUUGAUUUAAAUCGUCUCUUAUAGAUCUGUAUUCAAGACAAUAUAUUUAUAGUUGUCUAAUAAUAUGGAAUUGCCUAAUGUAAUCUACAAUUUUUUGCAUUAUUACACAGUCGAUAUAAUGUCACAAAUAUAAUAAGUUGAAAAGUGAGCAAUUAACACUACCUCUUUAUCUUUAUCAGAAUUUAUUGUAAUUUUUACAUUUAUGCUUCAUAAAUUUAAGCAUAAAAACUUUUUGCUUUCGAGUGAUGUCGGUUAAAUAAAUAUUGUAAUGAAUCAGCGAUUUGGAAACUUAAUCUGAUGGCUUUAAAAUGUUUUAGUUUAACUUUUAUAUUUAGGUAUCAUUUUUAUAAGAUCUUCAGUCAGUUUCGAUAAUUUAUACUAGUUUUUAGUAUAUUUUAUAUUUGUACCACCAAAAUCGAGGACUGAUUUAUGCCAUAUUUUUGUUAUCUGUAAUCAUAGAUCUUUGGAGCAUAGACAUUUCUUAUGACAUUGAUGUAUUGAUAACUUAAUUUGUUUAAAAAUCAUCAUUCCACAAAACGAGAACUAUUUAUGUUGUUAGAAAAAUAAAAUUUUAUAUAUAUGUAUAUAAUAAUGAUAUUGCAGAAUCUCACAUUAAACAAUAUUAAUAUCAUUAAAUACACUUAUAGUAAACUGGUGAUAACAAAUGGUUUAUAAUUAUUUUUAUUAAAUUCGUUUCUGUUGA